GUUUAGUAUCUGCUCCAGUUAAGGUUUAUAUAAAUACCUUGACAACUAGUUAAUGCUCUGAUCUUUAAAAUAAUAAUAAUCUAUUUCUAUUACUUAAAAUGUAUUGUUUUCGAUCAGAAGAAUCUAGAGAACAACAACGAAUCAGUCGAGAAAUUGAACGUCAAUUACAUAAAGACAAAAAUGCAGGAAGAAAAGAAGUUAAAUUACUAUUACUUGGGACUGGAGAAUCCGGUAAAAGUACUUUUGUAAAACAAAUGCGAAUUAUACAUGGAGCUGGUUAUACAGACAAGGAAAAAGAAGCUUUUAAAACUUUAGUUUAUCAGAAUAUCUUUCUAGCCAUGCAAAUAAUGUGUGAUGCAUUGCGUACACUUUCGAUAGAAUUAGAAUAUCCUAUGAAUCAAGAAAACAUAGAACUUAUCUUAAAAAUUGAUCUUGAAGAUUCUAUCGCACUGACACCUGAACGUCUCAAUGCCAUGCAUCAGUUAUGGGCUGAUCAAGGAAUGAAAAUGUGCUAUGAACGUAGAAGAGAAUUUCAAUUGUCCGACUCAUCGAAAUACUAUUUGAAUAAUUUUGACAGAAUAGCUGAUCCAAAUUACUUGAUAAGUCUACAAGAUAUUUUACGUGUACGUGUACCAACAACUGGUAUUGUUGAAUAUCCAUUCAACUUGGAUUCAACGAUUUUCAGGAUUGUAGAUGUGGGCGGUCAAAGAUCAGAACGAAGAAAAUGGAUUCAUUCGUUUGAAAGUGUAACUUCUAUUAUAUUUUUAAGUGCAUUAAAUGAAUAUGAUCAAGUUCUUGUAGAAAAUGAAAAUGAGAAUCGAAUGGAAGAAAGUCUUCUACUUUUCAAAACUAUUAUAAAUUACGAAUGCUUCCAAUCAUUGUCAAUUAUAUUGUUCUUAAACAAAAAGGAUAUUUUGGAAGAGAAGAUACAAUAUUCACAUUUGGUUGAUUACUUCCCGAAAUUUACUGGUAUGAAUAAAUGGUCAGACAAUUCCUGUUUUUAUUAUAUGGUAUAUUUACAAACUUAAUGUCUUCUAUGACAAAAAGUCGGUUUAGUUCCUUUUUAAUGAUAUCAAUAUUUCUUGAUAGUGUCUGUACUACUGAAAAUGUCUUUCAGUAUUACAAAGUUAAUUACUUUGUUAAUAGACAAUAUUAAAAAAAAUUAAAAUGGAACUUCUACUAUACAGGUUUGCGAAGACUGUUAAAUUUGUGGUUUAAAAUAGAAGGCUGAUUUUAAUAUAAUGGCCACUGAAAACUAGGAAGCAAUGGACAGACACUUAAGCAUUAGAAUGGGACUCCUUAGUAGUGCCCCUCCAUGACUCUACUAGGGAUUGAAACUAUGAAUUUUUAAUUUCUCAUUAGUAAAUGAGUUCAUUUAAGCGGUGAUUGAAAACAACUAUACCGAAGACCAUUAAGAGGAUACUAGUGAUUAACUUGGAUGGGUGAUUCCCGUAGUUUUAUUGAGAAGCCUUUGUUAGUUAUGUCCAUAACUAACCAAUCAAAUCGUUGCUUAAGCUCCCACCACGUCAAUCUGAUCUGAUAUGUCUGUAAACUAUCCCUGUUGCAUGUGACUUACCAAUUGAAAGACAUUAUUAUCCUAUUAUAUUAGUGUAACUUAUAAAUUUAUUCAUUUUAUUAAGAUACGCAAUACUGGUCGGUAUGUUUGUGCGUUUCACUUAUUGACUGUAAUUCUUUAAUUAUUGUACUAAUCUGAUUGUUUUUAUGUUUAGAAACAGAUAAAGUUUAAAGCGAAGUUGUCCUUGUUCUGACUAUAGCUUUCACAUAGACUCUGGGAUCGCCAGUAUGGCGUUUACAGUUUUAAUAGUGUAUCUGUAGGACGAAAUAAAUCCUACAGCCUUGACUAUUGAGGUUAAACCACUUUGAGGAGGCGACGAUUACAUCAGAUGAUGAUUUCACAAAAUAGCAAUUUAUUGGGGGUAAAAAACGUAAAAUUUUGGAUCACAGCUCAGUAAUCCGAAUAUAAAGAGGUUGUUCUGUGUUCAAUCAAAGAUAUGCAGUACUAAAUAGAUUCCUACUAGAACAAAACAGUUCUCUAUUGCCUUUGAAAUGCUAAAGUUGACCAAUGAUUUGAAACUACAAAUUUAAACUGUUUUGAAUAGGAAAACACAAGGCAGUGAUUUUUAACACUGUGAAAGCAACAUAAGUUGUCAGUUUUGUCAUUCACGUAUUCACAAUAGUGGUACUUUUGCGAUGAAAUAUAUUUCACUCAGUAAUAUACAUUGACAACAAAUUAUUUUUAGGUCCAGAAAACGAUGCAAUAGC